AUGCAAGAAGCAAAGGAGAAGCGAAUAAAGGCUAGGGAAGAAAAAAAGGUUUUAAAAGAACGAGCUAUUCAAAAGAAGAUAAUUAAUAUAGAGAAAACAAAAAACCAUAUAGAAUACCAGGAAAGCGAAUUUGAUGAAGAGUUCCUUGAUGAUUACCAUGAAAUAGAAGAGUAUCGACGGCUUGACCAGCCUAGUACAAGUUUCAAUAAAAGCAGACUAAAAAAUACCGCAAAAUUAUCAGAGUCUGAUUCGGACGAAGACGUUCCGUUGAAUGAUUUGCGCUUCUCAAAUAAAGGUUACAGAGUAAAACGGUAUGUUAUAGUGAGAUACGAAGGGUCGUAUUUUCCUGGUGUAAUUGAUAAUAUACACGAAGGACAAUACGAAAUAAGCACCAUGGUUCUGUCUAAAGCAAGUACAUACAGGUUCCUUGCACUUAACACUCGAGAACAUGCCACAAGAAGCUGGCCACGGGAAAAGCAGGGAAUGCUUAAAUGUAUGCCCGCCACUUUUGGGGGUAUGUCCCUGGGACUUGUUGAUGGUCAUGGCAAAUGCCAACUUCAAUGGGAACUGCAGCCUUUUGAACUGGAACGACAAAUUGUGGGGUAUAAUGGGUAUACGGGGAAUCAACACGCUCUCGCCUUUAGCUGCCCCCGUAAGUAUUGUUGCUCGCAGAAUGUUUCUUCUCAGUUCGCUGAUUUGUAAUUUUGUACCUUGAAUAUGUGUCUUGUUACUAAACCCUCUCUUAGCCAACGUUGCUUUCAUUAUUUUUAUUAGUAAAACAGUGAUUGAUACAGAUUGAUAACAUGAUUGAUACAGUUUUUAUAAAUUUACAUUUUACAGUAACCAUUAAAAAAAAAUGCUGGUAAAUCGUAAUAGAUACAUGCACAUAAAACAGUAUUUAGAAAAUCGGCAAUAUAAGCUAUUCUCUUUACUUAAAAACAUCGUAGUAAAAUCUAAACUACUCAUCCAAUCUAUAUGGUGUAAAAGACUAUUUUUAUGUACAUUUAUUAAAUCUUUUCGGCGGUAAACAUAUUUAUUUCGAUAAUUAUUUAAUAUCCCCUACUCAAAUAAACGCUUAAAGACGGACGAAAAAUUUAAAUACACUUAUACGAAGAUCAUUUUAAUUUUGGGGCAAAAUCUUUGCACAUUGAUAAAUGACAUCGCGAACUUUUUUAAAGAUAAUUUAAGGCUCUCCAACCUUUCUUUAGAAAGCAUUCAUAUAUCUCAUAUCGUUUUGGCAGCGGUCAUAAAAAUAGGCGCCUUUGGAGCUACUUCUAUCCCUAGGGAUCCUUAAGUGGGAUAAAUAAUCCUAUUAUCUAAGUCAGAUAAUACCCUAUCUGUAUACCAAAUAUCAUCAAAAUCCGUUCAAUCGUUUCGACGUGAUUGACGUACAAACAUAUAAACAAAUAAACUUUCACAUUUAUAAUAUUAAUAGGACGUUACGUUAAUGUUAGAGGAGAGGACUUUUCUAAUCUUUUCACUUAAAUAAUUAUUUCAAUUAAACUAAAAACAAUAAAUAUGUCAACCGUAGACAAAAUACGAUCAUGGCCGUUAGCCAAGCACGAAGCAACGCAACGAUAUAUCUAG